GCACCGCACGGAGAUCGCAGUGGCCGUGGACAGCGCCUUCCCGCUGCUGCACUCGCUCGCCGACCACGACGUCGUCCCCGAGGACAAGUUCCAGGUGGACCCCGACCCCCGACCCCACCCGCGCGCUGGGGGAUGAAGCCCAGGGCUGGUUCCCUGUGGACCCCCGACCCCGGGUCCCCAGCCUCCCCCUCCUCUUCUAAACUGGGGGUGGUCCCCUGAAGAUCAUGGCAGGUGGGCCCCCUCCCAGCCCCCACCUGCCCUGUGCCACCCCGCACCCACCCACAAGGCAGCCCCAGCGCCCCCAGCCUUUCCUGGAACCCGGGAGCCUCCGCAAACUUGUUCCAGCCCCCACCCGCACUCUGCGCCAAGCCCACGCCCACCCCAGGGAGCGACCCCUCGGGGCCAGGUGGGGGGCAGCAGGAGGCGGGUGCCAGGCAGGGCCCCACACAGCUGUUGUCCCAGGAGACACUGCGGCUGAUGGAGAAGGAGGGCUGUCCCCAGGCCUUCCAUGCCCUGCUGUCCUGGCUGCUGGCCCAGGACGCCGCGGCCAUCGCCGACUUCUGGAGGGUCCUCUUCAAAGACUACCACCUGCAGCGGUACGGCGGGCUGCGGCCCAUCCUGGACAGCUUCCCCAAAGAUGUCGAUCUCAGCCAGCCCCGGAAGGGAAGGAAGCCCCCCAGCGGCCCUAAGGCUCCUGUACUGCCACCCAGACACCCCACCAAGAGGAAGGCCCUGGAGGAGCCCCGAGCCACCCCACCAGCAGCCCUGACCCCAAAGGGCACCCCGAGCCCAGGCUCCCAGCAGAAGGUGAAGCCCCCUAAGAAGUCAGAGGGCAACUUGGAGCCGCAGCGCCUGCCCCUGGGGAACGGGCCGUCCCUUCUCCAGGAAUUCAGACCAUGUCAGCUUCGGUCCAGAGGGCAGUGGCCAUGGCCUCGGGGGACGUCGCCGGAGCCCGUGGGGCGGUGGAGGGCAUCCUCAUCCAGCAGGUGUUUGAGUCAGGGGGCUCCAAGAAGUGCAUCCAGGUUGGGGGGGAGUUUUACACCCCCAGCAAGUUCGAAGACCCUGGUGGCAGCAAGAACAAGGCCCGCAAUGGCAGCGGGGUCCCGAAGCCUCUGGUCCGGGCCAAGGGAGCCCAGGGCUGUGCCCCCGCUGGAGGAGAGCCUCGGCUCGGCCAGCAGGCCGGCGUCCCCACCUCUGCAGCCCCAGCCAGCGAGCCGCAGCUCCACCAGGGCACAGCCCGGCCGGGGUCUGCAUGGGCGACUGUCUCCUGCUCAGAAGAACGAGGACGAGUGCGCCGUGUGCCGGGACGGUGGGGAGCUCAUCUGCUGUGACGGCUGUCCCCGGGCCUUCCACCUGGCCUGCCUGUCCCCGCCCCUGCGGGAGAUCCCCAGUGGCACCUGGAGGUGCUCAUGCUGCCUACAGGGGAGCGGCCAGCAGGCACCGGGCCAGGCCCAGGAGCCCCGGCCCCCAGAACCACCUGCAGAGACCCCGGUCCUCCAAGGGCCUCGGGCCUCCGGUGAGGACGUGCGGGCCCUGCCCAGGGAGCCCCACUCGGACCCUGCUCUCUCCUACACCCACUUGCUGGCCCCGCCUCCUGCAGCCCCCCUGCCCAUGCUGGAGCCCUCAGCCCUGCGCCCACUGCUGAGCGCCGUCCCUGAGGGGCAGCAGGGCCAGGUGCUCGGCGCGAGGUGUGGGGUGUGUGGGGACGGCACGGACGCGCUGCGGUGUGCACACUGUGCCGCCGCCUUCCACUGGCUCUGCCACUUCCCGGGGGUCGCAGUGCGGCCGGGGCCCAGCCUGCGCUGCAAGGCCUGCUCUGGAGACCGAGCCCUGGGGGAGGCCGUGCCUGCCUCCAGCCCCCUGCGCACCCCAGGGCCGCCCAAGGUGGACGACAGCCAUGCUGGCCAAGAUCCUGUCCUGCACCGGGAGGACCUGGAGUCCCUCCUCAGCGAGCACUCCUUCGAUGGCAUCCUGCAGUGGGCAAUCCAGAGCAUGGCCCGCCCUCUGGCUGAGGCGCCGUCCUUCUCCUGACCGCGCCGUGGACCCCGCCCCGCACCCACAUCCUCGCGCCUGGAGAGCCCUGCACACUCCUUCCGGCACCCGGCCACUUUUGCAGACGUCCAUGGGGUGGGGCCCGAGGUCAUGUGUACCCUGAAAUUAAAGUUACUUCUGGCG